AGAAGGUGUCUCUGCCCCCCAUCUCACCCUCCCCACUCUGCCCUACUUUCUCUCUCUACACCCAUACCACAACCAUAGUAUUGUCUAGAGAGAGAAACAAACAACAAUGGCCAGUAGUGAGAGAGUGAAGCUAGAGUGAGAAAGAGAGGGAGAUGAGCAACAAGAAGAAGAAAUAAAGAAGAGGGGAGAGCAAAGCAAUGCACCAUUUGGUACUCCUCCUACUAGAGUAGUAGUAGUACCACUACCACUAGUAAACACACUCUCACCUUCAUCUUCUUCUCCUUCCUCCAUCUCCCAAUCUCCCCAAGAACACCUAAUCUAAUCUCUCUCCCUCCUCUCUCUCUAUUGUCCAUCAAUGGAGAUGAUGAUGCCAUGAUCAAAUGAUGAGAGAAGAAGAGGAGUAGAGAGGGAGGGGGUGGGGAGGAGAGAGAGACGAAGGAGGAGGAUCGAUGUACAAGAACCAGCUGCAGGAGCUGGCGCAGAGGAGCUGCUUCAGCCUGCCGUCGUACGUGUGCACGAGGGAAGGGCCCGACCACGCGCCGCGGUUCAAGGCCACCGUCACCUUCAAUGGCGAGACCUUCGACGGGCCAUCCAACUGCACCACGCUCCGGCAGGCCGAGCACGCCGCCGCCGAGGUCGCCCUCGCCCGCCUCUCCCUCCGCGGCCCCUCCUCCUCCCUCACCGCCCGCGUGCUCGAUGAGACGGGGGUGUACAAGAAUUUGCUGCAGGAGACGGCGCACAGGGCGGGGCUGAAGCUGCCGGUGUACACGACGGUGAGGUCGGGGCCCGGGCACUCGCCGGUGUUCUCGUCGACGGUGGAGCUCGCCGGGAUGAGCUUCGCCGGUGACCCUGCGAAGACCAAGAAGCACGCCGAGAAGAACGCCGCCAUGGCCGCAUGGUCCUCGCUCAAGCAGAGUAAUAUCAGAACGACUGUAUCGCCAUUGGUGUUUGAUCUUGUUUGGAUCGUGUGUCAUGGAGGAGACGUGUUCGUGGUUGUUUGGUGCAGUGCCGGAGGCGCGCAAGGAGCCCGGCGGCGGCGGCGGCGAGGAGCAGGAGCAUGUGGUCGUCGCCAGGGUGCUCGCCGCGCUGAAGCCGCGGGACGAUUGCGGCGGCGGCGGUGGCGAAGGGAAGGCGGCGGCGGCGUCUCUACCGAAGAAGCAUCUCGCCGGCGCGUCUUGUUCGUCCGCCACGUCGCUGUACAGACAUCAAUGGGGGCGUCCGUCGCCGCCGCCGCCGGCGGCCGGACCCAAGAUACUGCCUCCCCUGCACCUGCUGCAGCAGCAGCAAGCGGCGGCGUCCGGCUCCCGAGCCGCCGCCGCCGAGCUGGAGCAAGAGCGGAGGAAGGCCGCCGAGCUGGUGCACAUGCUGCACGCCGUCAUGCUGCGCGACAGGGCGGCCGACGCAAUGCCGCCGCCGAUGCCGUGCUACUACGCGCCGUACUACCACCACGGCGGCGGCGUCGCCCCGACGAGGCCCUUCGCCGGCGCCGCCGGGUUCCACGCGCCGCCGGCGGUGAGCGUCCGUUCAGUGAUCCCGGUCUGCGCCGCGCCACCGUCGCCGCGGCCGCCGCCGCGCAAGGAGGACGAUCCAGCGACCUCAUCCAAGAGGGCGUAGUAGUAGUAAAAACUAGUAUCCAAUCAAUCGCGCAGCCUGCUCCGAUCUGAAGACGACGACGAGGAAGACGAUGAGAGAUCGAUGGGUAGCCAUGAACUCUGCUUCUUGCAGGGGAAUUUUGAUCACAAGUCUCCCUGUAUAUCUAAAUCGUUGCAAAGUGAUCAGCAUUUCUUCUUCUUCUCAUCUCUUUGCUGCUGAAAUCUUCAGAAAAGAAGCAGACCAUGAAGGAUUGAAGAUAGUUGAAUAUAGCUCGAUCGAUCGAUCUCCUAGGGCUUCAUUAGAAGCCAUCCAUCCAUGCUUUGUCGCAUGAAAAAUUUUAAGCUCAUGAGAAUGCACAUUACAUUUCUUUCCCUUGUU